UGGACGAAAGUCAUCUAAAAUCCUAUUACACCGGGACAUUCGUUUCUGCAAGUACGUUGGAUGGUGCAGGUCAUAUAUUGCCACUAGCAUACGGUGUUAUUGAUUCAGAGAACGAUGCUGCUUGGACGUGGUUCUUUGAGCAAUUCAAGAUAGCAUACGGUAAAUUCAAAAGGAGCCAUGCCAAGUUGAGUGAGAUAUACUUCUCGAUGGCAAAAGCAUACACACAAACUGAAUUUGAUAGUCUGAUGGAGAAGGUUGAGAAGGUAGAUAUUAGGGUGAAAGAAUACUUAGAGUUAGCUGGUUACGAAAAGUGGGCUAGGUUGUAUGCACCUGUUAACAUGGGAUGGACAAUGACGUCAAAUAUCGCUGAGUCAAUCAAUGCAACACUAGUUUCAGCAAGGGAAUUGCCAAUAUAUGACUUCCUCGAAGAAGUUAGGAAGAUGUUUGGUCGUUGGAAUUGUAGUAACCGUAAAGAAGCUACUCAGACAUACAAGACGCUUGGGAAAAAAUACCAGGAAAUGCUGGAGUUGAAUGAGACCAUGUCUACCCAUAUGACUGCAGAACUACCCGUUAUUUUUUAUGAAUAUUUGCUUGAACUAGUAAAUAAUAUAGAUGAAUACAGUUGCUCAAAAAAGGUUGAAUACAAAUGCAUACAAAUGCAGACUGUAGAUCAAUACACAGUGGUACCCUCAACUGAAUACUUACAUACUGUUAACGAUGGUGGGAGGAAUUACACAGUCUGCCUGCUCGAGAGAAAAUGUGUUUGUGGGAGAUUCCAAAUUGAUGAAUUGUCAUGCCCACAUGCCUGGGCUGUAUUGAAGAGCAAGUUUUUAAUGCCUGAAGAAUAUUGCUCUAGCUAUUACAAGCCAAGUACAAUUGUAAUGACAUACGAUGUGCCAGUGUACCCGCUACCGGACAAAAAUGACUGGAAUAUACCAGAGCAUGUUGCAGAGGAGGUUGUACUACCACCCAAAUGGAAAAGACCUCCUGGAAGGCCAAAGAAGAAGCGCGACAAAAAUUUAAGUGAAUUGUUGUUGCCGAAAAAUCAACAUUCAUGUAGCAUAUGUGGGCAGGGAGGACAUAACAAGCGAACUUGUAGGAAUGCUCCACGUAAUAAAUAG